AUGAAUAGCACGGUUCCUUAUCGUCAUCGACGUAAAACAAUAUCAUGUAAUCGUGAAUGUAUGGUAUGUGGUUCAAAAUCAAUUGGUAUUAAUUUUGGUGCAUCAACAUGUGCUCCAUGUAAAGCAUUUUUUCGUCGUAAUGCCCGACGAAAAGAAGUUAUCAAUUUACCUUGUCAUCAUUAUGAUAUAAAUUUAUUGAAGAAAAAAAAUAUUAAUAUUAAUGAAAGAACAAUUCGUUAUUUACAAAUUCGUCGAUGUUCAUCAUGCCGUUUACGUCGUUGCUUUGAAGUAGGUAUGAAAGAAGAAUUAAUACGAACACAUGAAGAAAAUGAACAACAUAAAAGACUUGUUGAUAUUAAUCGACAACGAAGAGAAUCGAUAAGACAACAACAACAACAAGAAAAACAAUUAUCCAUUGCUCAGCAUAUGGUGAAUAAUAAUGAUUUAGUAAGUAGAAUUGAUUGGCGUCAUUUAUCAAAUAUUGUAUAUGCUUAUGAUAUAUGUUGUGUUAAAACUUAUCUUGAACAACGUAUAAAUAUGUUUGCUGAUAAUAUAUCACAAGAAGAACAACUAAUGAAAAAUUAUGGAAUGCUACCAAUGAUUUUAACCAUUUCGCUUACUUCAUUUCUUAGAUCAUUACCUGCUUUUCAAUCUCUUUCAAGAAGUAAUCAAGCAUUUUUAUGUAAAAAUAAUAUUCGCCGAUUGAUAUUUGUUAAUCUUCAUGAACUCAAUCAAUCAUGUUUUUCUGAACCAUGGCAGGUAGCCGCCUACAUAUCUAUUGCGAAAUUUAUUUGUGGUUCUGAACUAUAUAAACAAUUUGCUCAUAUUGAAAAAUUAGCUGAAAAAUUAAUGAUAGCUGAUCCAAUAAUAACACGUCUCUGGAUUAUUGUAUUAUUUUUUUCUACACCUCUUUUUUCUUAUUAUGCUCCGAAAUCAACAAUAAUAAGAGUAAAGAACAAUUUAUCUUUUAUUACUAUUCAAAACACUUAUGUCAGUCUUUUGUGGAAAUAUUUAUUAUAUCGUCAUGGUCCUAUGGAAUCAAUUCGAAUUUUUUCUAAUCUUAUUCAAAUUUUUUUAAAUAUGUUACGUGUUGGAAUUGAUAUUCAUACGAGAUUACGUAUGGAAAAACAUUUAGUAUCAAUAGAUGAAACACUCGAUGAAUUGGUGCAACUUGAUAUUAAGACUGAUUCAUAG